UCUGCGCUGGGCCAACAUGGCGGCGGCGGCGGUCGGGCGGGACACUUUACCUGAGCACUGGUCCUACGGCGUGUGCCGCGACGGCCGCGUCUUCUUCAUAAACGACCAGCUCCGCCUCACGACCUGGCUGCACCCGCGCUCCGGCGAGCCCGUCAACUCGGGCCACAUGAUCCGCUCAGGUGGGCGCGGGAGCCCGCGGUGGGCGUUCCGGUGGGGAGGGCCGCGGCGCGGCGGCGCGAGUUUCACCCACUUUUCUCGCGUCCCCGCAGACCUGCCCCGCGGCUGGGAGGAGGGCUUCACGGAGGAGGGCGCCAGCUACUUCAUCGACCAUAACCAGCAGACCACAGCGUUUAGGCAUCCUGUGACUGGGCAGUUUUCUCCAGAAAAUAGUGAAUUCAUUCUUCAAGAAGAGCCAAACCCACAUAUGUCGAAGCAAGAGAGAAACCAAAGACCGUCCAGCAUGGUCAGUGAAUCAUCCACAGCUGGGACUACGUCCACCUUGGAGGCCAAGCCUGGACCCAAGAUCAUCAAGUCCAGCAAUAAAGUACAUAGUUUUGGAAAGAGGGAUCAAGCCAUUCGGAGGAACCCCAAUGUGCCAGUGGUGGUGAGGGGCUGGUUGCACAAGCAGGACAGUUCCGGGAUGAGACUGUGGAAAAGGAGGUGGUUUGUUCUUGCUGAUUACUGCUUAUUUUACUAUAAAGACAGCCGAGAAGAAGUGGUCCUGGGAAGCAUACCUCUGCCCAGCUAUGUGAUCUCGCCCGUGGCCCCUGAAGAUCGAAUAAGUCGCAAGUACUCCUUUAAGGCCGUGCACACAGGGAUGCGGGCGCUCAUCUACAACAGCUCCAUGGCAGGCUCCCAGGCUGAGCAGUCAGGCAUGAGGACCUACUACUUCAGUGCGGACACCCUGGAGGACAUGAACGCUUGGGUGAGGGCCAUGAACCAGGCUGCACAGGUGCUGUCUCGAUCAUCACUGAAGAGGGAUUUGGAAAAAGUGGAGCGGCAGGCGGUGCCUCAGGCCAACCAUACAGAGUCCUGUCGAGAGUGUGGCGAUGUGGGACCUGGACACUCAAGGAGUUGUCCUCAUUGCAGCCACGAUGACUCUGUUGGCUUUCAGAGGCGGGAGCAGGAAGAACAGCAAUACCAUUCUCAGAGGGACCUGCUGGAGAGCAAGAGGGACAGGAGCAAGGCCAGGUCCCCAUACUCACCCACGGAGGAGGAUGCCUUGUUUGUGGAUUUACCCAGUGGCCCAAGAGGCCAGCAGGCACAACCGCAGCACGCAGAGAAGAAUGGCAUGCUGCCCACCUCUUAUGGCCCUGGAGAACAGAAUGGUACUGGCGGGUACCCUCGGGCCUUUCCUCCCAGAGCCACCACAGAGAAGCACAGCCAGAGGAAGAGCGGCCUGGCCCAGAUGGAGCAAUGGGUGAAGAACCCAAAGGCGGAUGGCAGGAGCCUUCCUUCAGACCAGACACUUCCUCGGCAGGGUCCCAGCCAGCCCCUGUCCUUCACAGAAAACUACCAGACUCUUCCCAAGAGCACCCGGCACCCCUCAGGGGGUUCCUCGCCCCCUCCACGGAACCUGCCUAGCGACUACAAGUAUGCACAAGACCGUGCCAGCCACCUGAAGAUGUCAAGUGAGGAGCGCCGGGCACACCGAGAUGGCACUGUGUGGCAGCUCUAUGAGUGGCAGCAGCGCCAGCAGUUUCGGCAUGGCAGCCCCACAGCACCCAUCUGCGCCGGCUCCCCCGAGUUUGCUGACCAGGGCAGGAGCAGGAGCAUGCUGGAGGUUCCCCGCUCCAUCUCUGUACCUCCAUCACCCUCAGACAUCCCUCCCCCGGGGCCCUCGAGGGUCUUCCCACCCAGGCGACCGCACACACCAGCUGAGCGUGUCACUGUGAAACCACCAGAGCAGAGGCGGAGUGUGGACAUCUCGCUAGGAGCCUCUCCCAGGAAAUCACGGGGCCAUGCCAUCAAGAACUCCUCACACAUGGACCGACGCUCCAUGCCCUCCAUGGGUUACAUGACCCACACUGUCAGUGCUCCCAGUUUACAUGGAAAAUCGGCUGAUGACACCUACCUUCAGCUGAAGAAAGACUUGGAAUACCUGGAUCUAAAGAUGACAGGCCGGGACCAUCUCAAGGAUCGAAGCCUGAAGCCUGUGAAGAUUGCUGAGAGUGACAUUGAUGUCAAACUGAGCAUCUUUUGUGAACAAGACAGAAUCCUCCAGGACCUGGAAGAUAAGAUUCGAGCCCUGAAGGAAAACAAAGAUCAGCUGGAAUCCGUGCUGGAGGUGUUACACAGACAGAUGGAGCAGUAUCGAGAGCAGCCGCAGCACCUGGAGAAGAUUGCCUACCAGCAGAGGUUGCUGCAGGAGGACCUCGUGCACAUCCGAGCUGAGCUCUCCAGAGAGUCCACUGAGAUGGAAAACUCCUGGAAUGAGUAUCUGAAGUUGGAGAGCGAUGUGGAGCAGCUGAAGCAGACCCUACAGGAACAACACAGACGAGCCUUUUUUUUCCAGGAGAAAUCACAGAUACAGAAGGACCUGUGGCGGAUUGAAGAUGUCCUUGCAGGUCUGAGUGCAAAUAAAGAGAACUACAGAAUCCUGGUGGAAUCGGUCAAAAAUCCUGAGAGAAAAACAGUGCCUUUGUUCCCUCACCCUCCUGUGCCUUCACCUUUGACCUUGGAGAGCAAGUCACCCCCUCAGCCCAGCCCUCCUGCCAGCCCAGUGCGGACCCCUCUAGAAGUUCGGCUGUUCCCACAGCUACAGACCUAUGUGCCCUACCGACCUCACCCUCCCCAGCUGAGGAAAGUGACAUCCCCGCUUCAGUCACCAACGAAGACAAAGCCCAAAUUGGAGGAUGAGGCCCCUCCUAGGCCUCCACUUCCAGAAGUCUACAGCCCAGAGGACCAGCCACCUGCGGUGCCUCCGCUCCCGAGGGAGGCCACUGUCAUCCGGCACACCUCUGUGCGGGGCCUCAAGCGGCAGUCAGAUGAGAGGAAGCGAGACCGGGAGCUGGGGCAGUGUGUGAAUGGGGACUCAAGGGUGGAGCUCCGGUCGUAUGUUAGUGAGCCCGAACUGACCACUUUCACUGGGGACAUGGCUCAGCCCUCUCUGGGACUUGUGGGUCCUGAGAGCAGGUACCAGACGCUGCCAGGCCGAGGGCUCUCGGGGUCCACAUCCAGGCUCCAGCAGUCGUCCACCAUUGCUCCCUACGUUACGCUCCGGAGGGGUCUAAAUGCCGAAAGCAGCAAGGUGACCUUCCCUAGACCCAAGAGUGCCUUGGAGCGCCUGUACUCAGGGGACCACCCGCGGGGCAGGAUGAGUGCGGAGGAGCAGCUGGAGCGCAUGAAGCGGCACCAGAAGGCCCUGGUCCGCGAGCGCCAAAGGACGCUGAGCCAGGGAGAGAGAGCAGGCCCCACCUCCGCUCGAUACCUUGGCCAGCCGCUCCCUGGGGACCUGGGCUCAUGGAAACGGGAGCAGGAUUUUGACCUGCAGUUGCUGGACCGGGCCAUGCAAGGGGAAAGGAAGGACAAGGAGGAGAAUGGCUGGUUGAAAGUGCAGGCCAUGCCUGUCACAGAGUUGGACCUGGAACCACAAGACUAUGACCUGGACAUCAGCAGAGAGCUGUCCAAACCAGAGAAGGUCUCCAUCCCCGAGCGCUAUGUGGAGCUGGAUCCCGAAGAGCCCCCAAGCCUCGAGGAGCUGCAGGCACGCUACCGCAAAGCUGAGAAGAUCCGCAAUAUCCUCACCCGGUCAAGCAUGUGCAACCUGCAGCCCUCAGCAGCCCAGGACCGCAACAGCCUGGCUGACCUGGACUCACAGCUGCAGGAGCAGGAGCGCAUCAUCAACAUUUCCUAUGCCCUGGCCUCCGAAGCUUCUCAGCGCAGCAAGCAGGUGGCAGCGCAGCAGCUGACCCUCCUCCCAUCUAAAGCGCCCCUGUCCUCCAGGACGGUGCCACCUUAUCCCCUCUUAAGCAGCGGACUCCACUACACCUUUGUCUAACACCGUCCAACCCAGGCAGUGACUGACCCGUGACCUAGCGUGCAGAGAAGUCUGGAGCCAGGGCCAAGUGGAAGCAGCUUCUCCCAGGAGAUUGGCUCCACUGCCCCUUGCAGCUGAGCAGGUUCUGGCGGAGGAAGGAAGCGCACACCGACCAUGAGGCGCCCCCAUGGAGCUGGGUCCUAGCACGCACCAUUCGUUCCAGUUCAGACUCCUUUUUACAAGUGACAAAGGCACUUUUGACAAACACUGUAAAAUACUGGCACUGUAUUUUAGAAUCAGAAUGCAUUUUAUACUGUUCACCUCCAGGGCUGCAUGGCUGGGGCAGUGAGCACGCAGGGUGUGUAGCUGUACAUGCAGGUUCAGGUACUAGGGGUGGUAGGUGUGGGUGGGGAGCAGACAGGGUGAGAAGGGGGCAGCCCAGCCUUGGAGACUCGGGCAGAACUGUGCGGCCUGUGGGCCCUCGGCUGCAGACAGCAGGCGCCCUGGACUGACCUCAUCACCAGCACCGAGUGACGCUCAUUGAGGAUGCGCGGGAGCCACAUCUGUGCCUUGGCCCUAGGUUUUGGUUUAGGGGCAGCAAUGUGUUUGCGAGCUCUGGGCUCCCCCGUCCCCAGGAGGCUCUGAGCAAGGGGCUCUUGAGAAGCAGCAGCUUACUUUCAUUAAAAAUACAUUUUACGGUACAGAAAACAUGAGAAGAAGCACCUUUUUGUAUCAUAGCAAUGAACUAUAUGGGGCGGCAUCUACGUGAGAGUCUCUGACCACUGACUUCCCGCCAAGCAGAUGUGACUGGAGCCUGUACUGCCUGCCUGGAGGACCUCUGCUCUAGGACUUGGGUCUGGUGGCAGGUGGCAAGCAUUGUGCUCUCUGCCAGCCUCAGCGAGUAUGUCACAGACAAGGGCCACCACAGCAAGACUUCAGCAUGACUUCCAGCCCCCGAUGAGGAGGCGGCUGCCGCGCCAGGUGCAGUGUUUAGGGUUCUUUAUUUAAAGUUGUCUCACAAUGUUCUGCAUACAACAGUGUUUAAAAGAAUGAAGACUUCCAUUGGGUGGAGCCACACUUUAAAUGAAAAUUUGUCUGUGACUAUGCUAAGAAAAAAACAAAGAAUCUUGAAUAUAUUUAGAAGUUGCGGCCUAUUUUUAACUAACUCCAUAUGCUGCCAGUAUCAACUUCGUGACAUUUGCCAAAAUAAAAUUUUAUUUUGCCUUUAUAAGAUUUUGUUGGAAAAAUGAAAUGAGUAUUUUGCAAGAAAAAAUAAUUUAAAUAAAAGUGUAAUGGUUUUCAGGAAUACCUACAAAAACAAAUAUGUGAUACAGAUUAAAAUGCCGACCUGACGCCUACCCUGCUCCUCGGUGACCGCAUUCUCUCAGACGCUGGCUGGGGGUAUUUCUUGGGAAAUCCCCGUGGUCAGCCCUCACCUGUGAAAGUCCUGAUGACAGUUCCUGGUCACUCACUUGCCCUAGGGCACGUAGUGGCCGGCAGCCUGGCUCCUGGGCUGUGGCUGGGCGUUGGCAGCGGUUCACGGUGGCCCCCCGUGGCCCCCAGCCUAGGAGCCGAGGGCUGUGGAUGCCUGUGUGGGGCUGGUUUGGCCGGCAUUCUGCAAUCCAAUCCACGACAGUGCUGGGGACGGAGGCCACAGGCCCCCUUCCAACCCACACACCACUAACCACUAGCUCGCUCCAAUGAAGUGGGUUAGUGACGGACCAUUGCAAACUGGAUUUGUAUUUAAUUCAUUUUGACUUGUAAUGUGUGCUUAAAACAGAAGGCAGGAGGCCAGUUCAGUGGGGGGUUGUGUGUAUUUCCAAGUCGUUGUUAUGGCAGUUUUUCUCCACUUCCAAGAGGAGCGUCCCGAGGUUUGGAGUGACUGUCCAACUAUUUAAACUGGGGAAAGUAGAUACCAAAGUACUCUGGAGA